UGUCUAGGGUCCGAAACAAGAAAAAGCAAAACCCAAAAUCCAAAACAAAUUUCAAAAAUCGAUAAACCAAAACCCCCUCUCUCCCUCCUUAAAAUCUCUCUCAUCUCCCCACCCACCCACAGAAAGAGAUUCAUAACAAAAGAGAGAUUGAUCAGAUAUGAGAAGAGGGAAAACAGUAACGGCGGUUAACGCUGCCGUUAACAUCACAAACUCAUCUGAACCCAAACCAGAAGUUAGGUACAGAGGAGUUCGAAAACGACCAUGGGGCAGAUUCGCCGCCGAAAUCCGAGACCCAUGGAAAAAAACCAGAGUCUGGCUAGGUACUUUCGACUCCGCCGAGGAUGCCGCACGUGCGUACGACGCCGCCGCUCGGAAUCUCCGAGGACCCAACGUCAAAACCAAUUUUCCUUUGCCAAUAACGACACCGUUUUACAACCAUCAACAAAAUAUGUUGUUUUACAGUCCAGCUCAGCACGCGGAGCACCAGAUUAUUGCUCCUCCACAGAGGCCUACUUGCAGUAGUAUGAGUAGUACACUGGAGUCGUUCAGUGGGCCUCGGUUGUCGGAAUUUGUUUUACCGUUACGACAGAAGUCGACGGUGGUGGUGUUUAAGGAUGAUUGUCGGAGUGACUGUGAUUCGUCGUCGUCGGUGGUUGUUGACGGAGUUGGGGAACAGCAACGGGAUGUUGGUGAGAUAUGUUCUGCCACGUGUGCUAAACCGGUUUUUUGUUUUGAUUUAAAUAUGCCGCCUCCGUCGUUUGAUGAGUUUGGUGAUGAGGUUCAGUGCACAGCGUUACGACUUUGACGGUCAAAGUUGUUUGUUGACUUGAAAUUUGUUUUUUUAUUUGUUGGAAAAAUGUGUCCCUAAAAACAUCUAAUGUAGACCCUUGUUAUGAUUUAUGAAUGAAUGAAUAUCGGAUAUCAAAGAUGUCAUAUUGACAUA